UUCACUGUUUACUACAGAAUUAGUGCUUAGCGGACGGACAGUCUUUCCCCUGCUCUGUCAACUCCGAGUCUCUAUACAUAUAUAAAUAUAUAUUUAGAAAUUAAAAAGAUUAUAAAUAUAUUUAGGUAACAUUUCAUUUUUUUUGCAUAAAGAAGGAAAAAAUAUAUCAAAAAAAAAAAAAAAAAGCUCAACAUGCCCAAGAGAAAGGGAACUGAUGGAGAGGUCAAGGAGGAGCCUCAGAGAAGGUCUGCCAGGUUAUCAGCAAAACCAACCCCUCCUAAACCUGAACCCAAACCCAAGAAAACACCUAAGAAAGAGAAGGACGUAAAUGACAAAAAUGAGGACAAAAAGACAAAGGCGAAGAACGAGGAGACCAAGGAGGAGAACCAGUCGGAAAAUGGAGUGACCAAGACUAACGAGGUUGAGAAGACUCCGGAGGCAGAGCCGGAGCCAGAGAAGGUGGAGACUAAGGCCGAGUAGCAUCCCAGCCAUCCAUCCAUUUUUCUUCUUUCUUUCCCCAUCACUCCGACCUUUAUUCCUCCCCCCUCCCUCUUCCCUCGCUUUCUUUCCUCUGUUCCUGCAGCCCCAGAUGGACCCCUCUCUUCACAAAUCAUCACCAGAGGAAUAUUUUUAUCAACUAUUUUGUAAAUACCGGUUCAGGUUUUUAGCACAAAAACGCAAAUGCGAUUGAAGGGGGUUUUCAGACAGGGUUCUUCUUCUAUGUUUGUCCUUAACACGAGCGGUGCGCAAAGGCACUGCUUCAGUUUUGUCUUUGCUUUUAUCAUAAAUUUUUUUGUUUGAUUUGUGAUUUUAUUUAGUUUUAAUGGACGGUUCUUGUAUCUCAAGGUGUUGAUGCAUUGCUGGCUGUGUGUGUGUGUGUGUGUGUCUGAGAGUGAUUUUUGUUUUUGAAGUUUUUGCCCAGUUUGCUGUUUAUUUUUUUUUUUUUUCUUUUAGAAAAAAAAACAAUUGCUAAGUCUAGAUGUUAGCUUCCCAUGGUUUGGGAUGAAUCCCAACACUAAAACGAUGCGAUGAAAAAGUAAAUCUGGUAAACUCUGAUUGUUUUGGGUGUGGGUGAAAAUUGCAUGUUUGCAGGUGUUUUCUUUUCCCUUUUUGGAAUUUAAGGGGUUUUAAAAAAAGAAAUCAUAUGUUUUGUGAAGUUUUUUUAAACACUGAAUUUAUUUGUGGAAAAAAAAAUAGUGUGCCCUGAAUCUCACUCAAUAAAACCAUCAUUGGAGUUUUCCCUCAAGAAA